CAGUGCGUUAAGAUUGAAAAUGGCACGUUUCAGAAAAUCUUUCUAAUUUAGUUGUUCUAACUCUUUUCGUGUAUUUGGGAAAUAUUUAUCUUAAGAAUGAACGAAAUAUGUUUAAUUGUUCUACUCGUUAGUAUUCACUACGUUGCGGCUAUGUUUGAAUACGGAAAACAUAAAAAGGGUGAAGUCUUGUCAUAUAAAUUGGAAAGUAUAAUACCGCAACUCGUACCUAUCUACAGAAUAAAUAUGACGCAAGAUAGAGAUGACAUCGAAAAACAUUACACGUACGUCAACGUGACGACUCUGACACAGGCUUUGUCCAAGCCAAACAUUAUUUUCGAUUCAGGAAGCAACAUGUUAACAUUCUUUAUCAGGUAUCCAGUACACACGAUAUCGAUCGAAGUCACCGGAUACUCGAUGCCGUUGAAAGAUUAUAAUGGGACGGUGGAUUAUGUAACUAUUGCUCCCUUGGAGCUAUCUGAAGAAUUUUUUUAAGAACCUACAGGAGUGGCCAUUUCUCCAUACAAGCGUACUCGACUAUUUCCUCCGUGGGUUUUGAUGCUAGAGCAAUGAUUUUUUCAACACAGAUUAAUAUUGUCAAUAUCUGUGUCGGACCGUUUUGUUUUUCUUUGAUAUUUUUGUUUUUUAAGGCGCUAGAGCC